AUGGCCCUUCCGUCAGCAUACCGCGAGAACCUUGAGGCGGCACUAGACCCUAGCCGCCAGAAAGGUCAGGUCUUCAAGCUUACAGCACCAGCUGACGAGCUUGGUUGUGUUGACUUCGGCUCAAAUAAAACCCUUUCCCUUGGUGGGAGCGCAGCAACACGAGAGGAGUUUCUCAGAGAGCUUGCGCGAAAUCCUAACUUUGCUAUUGGGACCGGGGGCAGCCGUCUCCUAGGCGGAACCACUCGAUAUAUUGACGAGCUCGAACGAGACUUGGCCCACUUUUAUAAUGCAGACGAGGGCUUGAUUUUGCCUUCUGGAUAUGAGGGCAACGUUGCUAUUCAUGCGACGCUCCCGCAGACGGGAGAUGCCAUUAUUCACGACGCAAAGAUUCAUGCCAGCACGCGCGAUGGCAUGCGUUCCUCAAAAGCACACAUCAUACGACCAUUUGCGCACAACGACCCACAAUCCUUGUACGACGUUCUCGAAGAAGUCAAGCUAUUGGAGCCAGCAAUUGCCGAUGGGCUCAAUACCGUCUUCGUGACCAUUGAAUCGAUCUACAGCAUGGACGGGGACGUGGCGCCCGUGGCUGAGAUCGUCAACGAAGCGAAACGGGCCUUGCCGAAAGGUAAUCUUGUUAUGAUCCUUGACGAGGCUCACUCCCAUGGUAUUGUCGGACCAAGUGGAGCUGGUCUAGCCUGUCAGCUGGGUCUGGAGCACGAGAUUGCUGUCAGGUUGCACACCUUCGGCAAGGCUAUUGGAGGAGGUGGUGGCAUUAUUCUCUGUGACGGUCUGAUUAAAAGGUAUCUGGUCAGCCAUGCGCGUAACUUCAUGUUCACCACGGCUCCGGCCUUCACUUUUUUUGCCACCAUCAAAGCUGCGGUCACUGUCAUGAGCAGCGAGGAGGGUGACUGGAGCAAAUCGAAGCGUUGGUCAAGUCGAUCAUGGAAUGGGCGGACCAAGGUAAACUGGAUGAACAUUAUCCGUGAUAUUUUCAUCUUAGUCGGAAAAUGGUUUAUGUACAGAAAAUAUGUUUCCAUUUGUCUCAAUCUGACUUUCGUUUCAUGA